ACGCCAAGUAAACUGCAGUCGUGGCAAAGAGUCACCGCCACAAGGCAAUUUAAGCAUCUCAAUUUCUCACAAAUUCUCUUCACUCUCUUUACGCUAGCCAAAUCACAUAGAGCUCAGCUCCAACCCCGGAGUUGCCAUCGAAACCCUAGUCCACAGUUGCAGAGAAUUUGUGAUGGCUUCAAAACGGAUUAACAAGGAAUUGAAGGACCUGCAACGUGAUCCUCCAGCUUCGUGCAGUGCUGCCAAAAUAUAUGCUAUUUUUACAAGUGUGUGCACAGGACCGGUUGCUGAUGACAUGUUCCACUGGCAAGCAACAAUCAUGGGUCCAGCUGAUAGCCCAUUUGCUGGUGGUGUGUUUCUUGUAACAAUUCACUUUCCUCCAGAUUAUCCCUUCAAGCCGCCCAAGGUUUCCUUCCGAACUAAAGUUUUCCAUCCAAACAUCAACAGUAAUGGUAGCAUAUGUCUUGACAUUCUCAAAGAGCAAUGGAGCCCUGCCCUUACUAUAUCCAAGGUUCUCUUGUCAAUCUGCUCGCUCCUGACUGAUCCAAACCCAGAUGACCCGUUGGUGCCCGAGAUUGCUCACAUGUACAAAUCAGACAGAGCCAAGUAUGAGGCUACUGCUAGAUCCUGGACCCAGAAAUAUGCCAUGGGUUAGGUCUCCACAUCUUGCUGAUCUACGUAAUUUGCCUUGUCUUUUUAGUAAAUAAUAGAAACUUCGGGAUCAACUUGGUUGCCUUUGUUUUAAAUAUGAUAUUGGAGUUUUUUCCGUAAUGAGAAAUUACAUUAACAGUGGAACACAAUCAUAGUAAAGAUCCUAGUACUUUGGAUACUA